CAGGGGCAUGCUUGAAAACUGCUAAUGAAGCAGAUUAAAAGUCCCAGACAGCUCAGUAGGAAUAUUUAUAUCAACAUGCCAUUGGGAAUAGCUAACAUGCUGUUACUAAUCAAUGUUAUUCUCAUCUUGUGGGUUUCCUAUGCUCAUGGAGAAGGAAGAACUUGUGAGUUUCCAGAAAUAAAACAUGGAAGCAUAUACGAUGAAAACAGAUAUAGACAAACCUUCCCAGUUGCUGUGGGAAAAUAUUUCUAUUACUCCUGUGAUCAUAGCUUUAUGUCUCCUUCACAAUCACUCUGGAGUAAAAUAACCUGUACAGAGGAAGGAUGGUCACCAACACCAAAGUGUAUCCGACAGUGCUUUUUCCCUUGGGUGGAAAAUGGUCAUUCUGCAUCUUCAGGACAGACACACCAGGAAGGUAACACUGUACAAAUUGUCUGUGAUGCAGACUACAGCCUUCCAAAUAAUCAGAGCAUCGUUACAUGUGCAGAAAGUGGCUGGUCCACCCCCCCUAAAUGCAAUCGUAUAUGCAGUUCUCCUACACCAGCUGGGCGCCCUACAGUUCAACUCGAUUCUGACACGAUCUACCUGGAGAAAGCAUGAGAUCCCACGGGUCAGGGGCUCGGUCCGCAGGACUGCCGCCACCCCCUUCAGGAGCCAAUCUCAAGUGCAGUUUGUCAUCUGUGUUUCUGACCAUCUGGCUAUAGACCAGAGGUUCCCACGACCUUCUCCUUGGGUUGGUUAAUUUGCUAGAGCAGAUAACAGAACUCAAGGAAGCAUUCUAUUUACUUCAUACCAGUUAAUUAUGAAAGGAUAUAACUUAGACGCAAGAGAUGAACAGGGCAAGGUGGUGGGAGGGGCGGGAGCUCCCACACCCUCUGAGUAUGCGCCUCUCUCAGCACCCCCAAGUGCUCCCCACCCCAGGAGCUCUUGGAACCUCAUCCUUUCGGGCUGUGGAGGCUCCAUAACAUGGCAUGAUAGCCGGACACUGGCAGCUGGCUCAGCCUCCAUCCCUCUGCACUCCCUGGAGGUCAACGAGUGAGGCUAAGAAUUCCAAUUUCUUAAGACACGGUUGAUUCCUUGUGCAACCAGCACCUUCCUUAGCUACUUUCCAAAAUUCACCCCAUUAGCAUAAGUAAAGGCACCUUUAUCACUCUCCUAGGAAAUCCCAAGUCUUUAGGGGCUUGUGCAAGAAAAGAUGACAACAGCAAAGUGUAUAUUACUUAUUAUAAGUUGCAAUCUCACAACUGUGGAAUAAAGAAAAGCUGAGUACUAUUCCAGGGACCACCAAAAAGAUUUCUAAGGCCUAAAUAUUGAAGUUUUCACUAAAUCUGGGAGUCUCAAAAUCACCACCCAUGAAAACUAAAUACCACCAUUAAUUAAGUUGAACGCUAAACAAUUGGCACCCACAUUCCUGCUAAACGGCAAGGAAAACGUUUGCCUUUCCUUCAGUUCCCUUGGUGCCAGCACGUAUGUCGCCCCCGACUCUAUCCUUUACGCGGCGGAUCUUAUGUAAGUGCCAUGUAUGCCUUUGAAGUUCUCUUUCUUGUGUGUCUUUGAGGAUAUAAAACCUUUGUAAGACGUGGGCCUCUUGGAACAUUUCUUUUCCCACCUUCCCAAGGCAAUCAACAUUUCUGUGCUUUUAAGACCUCAAUUUGGCUCAAAUAAAACUAUCACAUUAUAAA